AGAAUUAAAUUUCUCAAAUUAGAAAUCUAUUUUGAAAUUUAUAUCUAAAUUGGAGUAGCGGGUAUAUAAUAAUAAUAAUACUAAUAAUAAAACUGACCCUCAACUCUCCGUUUUAUUCUGUUACUUUCUCUUUCAAAGUCUUUUUUCCCUCUCUCUAAGUUGGCCAUGGAGUUCAAGGUUGCAGCCAAAGAAGAUGGAACUUCAAGCAGCUCCUUCAUCGAUCAAGCAUUAAGUGCUGGUCUUUUGAACAACCCACCAAGUGUUCGACGAAUGAGCGACAUUGUGAGUACUCCGUUUGACGUGAAUGAGGCUUUGAUCAUGAGGGAGAUUGAGAAGAGGCGGAUCAGGGAAGAGAUUGUAAUGUCGGAGCUUCGACGGCGGCGAGAACUCGAAGCUGAGGUGAUGAGAGAACUGAUGUUAGAGAGAGAAAUUGCAAUGCGGAGAAGCCGAGAGCUGUCUCUGAUCGAUUCCCCUGUUUCUCUACUGAGUUCAGGAAGCAGUCUACUAUCCCAGUUCUUCAAUCAACAAGAUGGGUUGGGGAUUGAGGGAAAUUUGGCAUUUCUCGGUCAUCCAGAAAGUGGGUUCAAAGACAUGUUGUCAUUGAUGAAACACUCAGAAGGUGGAGUGUUUGGUCGUCCAGAAACUGGGUACAAAGACAUGUCAUUGGUGAAACACCCAAAUCGUGAGGUUGGUGGGGUUCAUGGUGAAUUGCCUGUUCAGAGGCAACCAGGGGCGUUAGAGGUCAAACCCGCGAUUGAUCUUAGUAAGGGGAAAACAAUUUCGAGGCAACCAGGAGUGAAGGAUGGGUUAGGGGUUAAACCCGUGAUUGAUCUUAGGAAAACAAUUUCGAGGCAACCAGAAGUGAAGAAUGAGUUAGAGGUUAAACCAGUGAUUGAUCUUAGUAAGGGAAAAAAAAAUUCGGUUAAGCCUAUGAAUUCAAGUGUUGCUGGGAUAAAGCGAAAAUUUGAAAUAGGAUUUGCCACUGGUGAUGACGAGAGCCCUUCAGCCGGUUUGAGUAAGAAGAUACAAGAGGAUUGGAGCUGUCCCGUGUGUCAAGUGAAAGCCCCCUGUGAAGAGGGUCUAAAAGACCACCUUCGGGGAAAGAAGCACAAGGCAAAAGAGAGGGCAUUACGGGGAAGUACUAUGGCACUGGGCAAAAGUAUCAGAAAUUGCGAUCCUCUGCCCGAGAAAACUGAAAAAUACAUUGAAGAUGCAAUGUGCACUGUUAGUAUGAACCCGUACAUAAGCAACUGCCCAAAGGAAGAGGAGGAAGUUUCGGAAGACGACAUGGAGAAAGUUCAGCAAACAGAGGAUCUGUGGAAGAUAAACAAGGGGUAUCCAAUUGAUGAAACCACAGCGAUGUUGAAGAGUGCCAAUUUCAAGUUCUGGUGCAAUCUGUGUAGUUUUGGGACAACAAAUGAAGCAUCGAUGACAGCUCAUAGGAUGGGAGAGAACCACAUGUCCUUGUUGCAGGAAAAUGGUGGCUGUGUGAUAGCCAUAAAAAAUAUGCCUGAUAAUAUUCAGCAUAUUGAUAAAAGCAAGGACACCUCAGCCAAGGAGGGAAAGGAUGAAACAUUUGAUAGCACUGACUCAGAUUUAGAUGGAGAAAGCUCCGACGAGGAAGAGAAAGAGAAAGAAAAUGGGGGCGAGUUGGCAGUGAUUUGCCCCAGCAUAGAAGAUUAAGACCUUUUGCAGAACAUAUUGGGAAUUAUUCUUCCAUUGUGAAAGAAUCAUUGUUGUUGUGAAAAAGUAGGAUUUUUUUUUUUUUUUUCCUUCGUAAAAGCAUUCUAAAUAUGCUGCAUUUCUACCAAACAUUAGGUAUGUAAGAAACAAGUGAUUCCUUUUUUAUUCUUAGGUAAAUUUCAGGUUAUCUUAUACUUUUAUAAAGGUUGUCUUUCCUUUCCUUUAUUUGUCUCCCUAUCUGACCUGUUUGUUGUUGAUGGCAAAUUAAGGAUGCUGCUUAAUUUCUCGGGUUGCUUAGGACUUGUGGUAUCGGCAUUUUAAUACAAUGAUUUCAUGCAAAGUAAUAUUUUGAU